AUGCCACAAUAUAGCGAUAAUAAUAUCCGACUCACUGCUAUUGAUAAUGCCCUUAAGGCUAUUAAAAACUCUCCAACUAAUCAAACUCCAAGCACCAGAAGUGUUGCAAAAUUUUAUAGCCUUUCGGAAGCCACCCUUAGAUGUGCUAUUAGUAACGAUGGUUUUGACAGAUCACGAAGAGAAACAACUCGUCGGUUACUGCUUGAACAUGCAAAAACUUGGCUUUGGGUUAACCAGGACCACCCGGAACUGUCAUUUCGUGUACCACAAGCCUUAAACGAAGCCCGCGCACAAAAAGCAAACCCCAUCAUUGUUAAUGAUCAUUUUAAUAAACUAGAAAAAAUCAUUCAAGAAUAUGCGCUUACCCCUGACAGAAUUUGA